GACGCACUCGCGGCCUGAGGCGCUGCGCUCGCAGAACAGGCGGGUCUCCCGCCAAGAAUGUUAUUAACUCAUAAUUUCUCCUGGCCCUCAGGACAAUCUUUGUUUUGUGAUUUUUACUUUUUUUAAUUAAAAAACAAUUUUUUUUUUUUUUUGGUUUUGCGGAAAUGGAGGCGUUGGAGAAGGAGGAUAAGAAAGACUCUGAGUGCGACGUGGAGAUGGAGGAAGGCUCCCAGGCCGCAGACUGCGGCAGCGAUGGAACGGUGGUAGAGGGGUCCGUGACGGAGAGCGACCCCGAGGAAGAGGCGCUGCCCUGGAGAAGGUUGCUUUUUAAUCAAGACACGUCUCUUAGAUCUGAGCCCAGUCUCCAUCCCAGUAAAGAUCCAACACAGGACGUAUGCGAUCUUUGCCAAACUGGCGCAUCUUCUCCAGAGAUUCAGUUUAGAUUCAAAUUCAGAGAGGAUCCAUGGGAGCAAAUGAGUAAAAGUCAAACGAUGCUUAUUCUUAUUGAGGAUGCAGUCUUACAGCAACCUCAGGAUGAAAUGGAACAAAAUGAAGCUUUGUUACAGUUUAGAAAAAGUCAUCCAGUGUUCACGGUAUCAUUUCCCCAAGCUGAACUUUCACCGAACCACCGAAGUAGUCUAGGACCUGAGGCUGAAAGUCCUGAAGUGUUAACAUACCCAGAAAAGGAACUUAGUAGAGACAGAGAGUCUCCUGAAACAAGUCUUCUCUCACAUGCUUCUGAUAAAGUAUUUGAUACAUUUGCUGUAAAGGAGAAGUCACUAAUAGAGCCAGAGAAGGAGCCUGGUGAGGAAGGCGCGUUGACCAUGACUUUGGAAGAAAACAAAGAUGAAGAAAGCUCUCUUGAAACCUUUGUGUCUGCCUUAGAAAGGGUACUCACAUCACCAGAAAUCAGCCGGGAGGAAAGACUGUUUAGAAUAAUGAAUGAUUUUGAACCAAGAGAGCUGGCAAACACAUUGAGCAGUGCUUCGAGCUCCAUAUCAAUACCUUUGACAUGUCACAGAGAUUUUCUAGAAGACCCAAAAGAUGACGCAUUGCCAGUUGAGGUAUCAACAGCCUUAACCACAUUGUCAGAAGCCAAGGUGGAAGUCAUCUGUCACAGGAAAGAGGGAGGCAUCAGUCUCAGUGUUGGGAAUGAAUGUUCAGGAGUGGAGCCCAGUAUGUCUCAGACUGAUGAAGACUGUACACAGAUAGCAGAGGUGGAUUUUGAGACUCUUUGUUCUACUCCACCAUUUGGACAAGAUUCCAAGUUAGCUGAGCUGCAGGACAAGCAUCUUUCAGUGCAGCAAAUAAGUAGUCUAGAAGACCCAAAUCCAUUUGAAUUGCAAACGUUGGUUCAUCAAAAUGUCACCUCUUGUGAUCCAAUAAAUAAUAAGAGAAAUUCAAAUCUGGUGGAAAAUAGCUGUGACCAGGCCACUCCACGUGUGUUAAGGAAAUCAUCCAGACUGAAAGUAGUCAGAGAUGUAAAGCCCACAGAUGACAUGUAUAAGAUGCCAGAAAACAUUUUACGCAGAGUACUUGGCUGUGAGGAUCGCACGAAACAUAGCUCUUCAGCGGGGAAUGUCAGAAUGCAGAAUCCUGCUUUAAAGAUUGAAGGUAAAGGGAAGACUGGUCCUUCAUCCAGGCUCAGGAAUGGAGAACAGGUGAAGAAAAACAGAAAGCAUGCAGAAAAAAUGAAGAUGAUUAAAACGACUCUUGCUAACAUUAACCGGAGAAACAUUUUUGGAGAGAACUUACUGUAUAAAGCUGCUGUGCACAAUGAUGCUGGUCUUGUUCAUCAUUAUAUCAAAAAAGGUGGAAAUGUUAAUCAGCCAAGUUAUGCCGGUUGGACAGCACUUCAUGAAGCUAGUUUAGGAGGAUUUUAUCAGACAGUAAGUGAACUGUUAAAAGGUGGAGCAGACGUGAAUAUCAGCGGAAUGUACCAGAUCACUCCCCUACAUGAUGCUGUGAUUAAUGGACAUUAUCAGGUGGCAGAGUUACUUCUUUUGAAUGGAGCAGAUCCUUUAUUUAGAAAUGACAAUGGAAGGUGUGCUUUGGAUGAAGCCAAAGACUCACGUAUGAUGCGUCUCCUUGAGAGAUUUGUUCCUAAACAUCAAAAGCAUCUUACAUCAGCUCAGAAGAAGAGCAUUGACCCUUCCGAUGUAGAGGAUGCACGCCGGCACAAGAAACCAAAAUUCAGUUCUAAAAAUCACAGUGGGUUUGUUUAUGAUGAAAAUUCCAACAGACAGAAGCCAGAACAUGUAGAAAUCAAUAAAGGAAGCAAAAAGAGUUUAUUUAUAAAUAAAGAUAUAUAUGAACAUUAUCAAAAAGAUUCCCCAAACAUGAGAAUUGGUAAAUCCAAGCAGAAACAAUCAAUUCUUAACCAGAUACACUCUCCAGGAUUCAGAAAGGUCAAUCUCCAUGGUGCUGAGGAUCCCAGCACAAGUGUGUCUAAAGAUAAAGGAAGAAGAAAUUCACAACAUAAAAGGACUCACGUGGAUGAUAUAAGCCAAGAAAGCAGUCCAAGAAAGACAGUGACUGUCUCUUCUUCUAGAAGAAUAAGCAGAUCAGUUACUCGCCGGCAACAAGCGGUCCAAAUCCUUGAUGACCUUCCAGAAAAGUCACGUAAACCUUUUAGCCAAGCUCUGUCGGGCCUGAAAAAUGGUUUGUGUAAUGAUGUUGAAACUUGUUCAGUUCCCAGAGAGACGCAUACUCAAAGCCUGGAUUUAUCAUCAGAUAGUCAAGAAAUAAAAUGUAUGGAAGUAGAAUCCAUUGACCAAGCUGAAGUUGUUUCUUUCUUAGGACUUUCUUUACGUGAAAAAACCAAGUUACCACUUGUUACUACAGAUCAGCAGCCUCAUACUCACCAAGAACAGGAGCACAUUAGCCUUUAUAAAUCUCAUGAAAACAGUAACUCAGGUCAAAAAGAUGAGAGCCUCAAGUGGGAAAAAAUUUCCCCAUCCUUUAUAAAGGAAAAUUUUAAUAAUGAUGAUCAUGGUGAUUCCUGUGCCUCUGAGGAGACUGUAAUAUCUAAAAAGGUGAUAAGUUCUUCAGGUUGCAAAAACCAUGAUAAUUAUAAAGAGAAUAAAACAAAUACAGAAGAAAUGGAUUUUCAACAAUUUUUACCUUCUCAAGACCAUUUUCCACAGGAAAAUGAGUUAAAAGCAGACAGCCUAACCAUCCUUCCACAACAGGAAGCUGUUAGUUUUUCUAAUUCAGAUAAUAUAAUAGUUUCUGAACAUGUUUCAAAUUAUGAACAAUGUUUAUGUGGACCUUCUUUUGAUCACUCACAUGGCAGUCCUGAACAUUCUCCUCUGGCUUGUAUAGGAACACUCUCGACACAUGAAGUUUCAGAGUUGACCAGUCAUGAGAAGCUAGUCAAGAAGCCUCAGGAUUAUAGCCCCAGCAUACUAAUUCCUUUAAUGAAUCAAGCAGAUAUACAUAUUGUGGAAAAGGUGAAUAAGGAAGGAGACACUAAAAGGAAUUAUACUGACACAGACCAAGAAACAAGUCCUUCAAAUAGGCCUUCAUCCAGAGGUGUUCCUUCUCAAGUAAUGGAAACAACUAAAGUUGAAAAAAGGAGACAAGAGAGCAAAGCCAUACGAAAUAUAGGUUUUCAUUCUACUGACAAUAUCAGUGAAGAAUUGACCAACAUCUCACAACUUAGUCAAAGAGAAGAGAAGAUUUCUCACAAACCAGGUGAGGAAUUUGUCAAUGGAGAGGAAAACACUAUAAGAAAUUGUAAAGGGAAAAAAGAAAAACCAGAUUCAGAAAUUCAUAUGCUUACUAACAUCCAAUCACACAAAAAAAUUCAGAAUUUCAGAAAAAGAAAAAAUGUCUCCAAAGCUACCUGCAGCCAAGAAAUGAAAACGUCUGGGAUCGAUAAGAGGAAUGCCACAGGGGAAAGCCGGCUUCAUGUGGCUGCCAGAAGAGGACAUUUGUCUCUGGUGAAAGCUCUGAUAGAAGCUGGAGCAGAUGUGAAUCUAAAAGAUAAUGCAGGUUGGACACCACUUCAUAAUGCAGCUAGUAAGGGAUGGAGUGAUGUAAUUGUAGAGUUGCUAAAAGCUAGCGCUAAUGUUAAUUGUGAAAAUGUAGAUGGAAUUCUACCCUUACAUGAUGCUGUUGCAAACAACCAUUUAAAGGCAGCUGAGAUUCUACUACAACAUGGAGCAAACCCUAAUCAAAAGGACGAAAAGCAGAAGACUGCUUUGGAUGAAGCAGAUGAUGAAAAUAUGAAAGAGCUGCUGAAAUCUUACGGUGCUAUUGAGACUAACAAUGGAGAUGAGAGUGAUGGUAUAGUCGCUGUAAAAAUUCCUGAUGUCCGGGCAAGAAGACAUAAACAGUGCAUUUGUGAUGAUUCCAAAACUGUUGAUACACCUUCUGUUUCACACCAAAAAAAAACAGAAGAAAACCUUUCCAUGCAUCAGACCAUCAGUGCCAUUCUACAAGAUAUAGAAGAAAAACAAGAAAAUUUAUUAGAGUUUGAAAUAAGAACCCCUGAAGAUGCAGAACAAUACGCUGGUAAGAUGUUAGAGAUAAAGGAAGUUAUGGACAACGUGCUUGCCAAACAGAAGGCAGAAAGGGAUGAUCUAGCUAAAAAAUACAGGGCGUCCAUAGAGUCAUUUAAGUGUGGAGUCCUGAGGGAACAACUGGCUAACUUGGCCGCAAGACAGAAGAGCCUCCUACUUGUAGCAAAAAAGCAGAAAAAAAUAAGCCAGAAGCUUCACACCCAUAAGAAUGCUCCAGCUUUGUCUGGUCUUAGUGUUGGGAAGCUGCCAUCCGGCUCAGAAGCCUCUCAUGAAAAGGACAGGCAAGAGUUCGUCCGUCUGGACAACCCCGUGCAGCCCCAGUCAGCCUCAGUGUCUGCCGUCAGCCUUGUGUGCAGAGGCAUGCAGGAAGCACAGCUGUCUCAGGAAGUCUGGCACGGCGACCAGAGCAGCCACUCGUGUCUAAAUUCAAAGACAGUAAGAAGGGAAGACUUUUCUGGAAGUGAACUGAACUCUAAGCAAGAUAUCAAUGACUGUACCUUAGAUGGAUUAUCAAAAUCCGAACAUUCAGAUGGCACUAAUCAGAUUAAAUUACAAUCCCAAUCUGUUAGUUUUACUGCUGAAGCAGAGUAUUCACAGGAAGAGAAUGGUCUUACAGGGAGUACAGCCAAGGGGCAGGUGUCCUUCAGUCCUUCAGCAGUAACUAGCGCAUUAAAAACUGCGGCAACCACCAGUGUGUUUGCCCGCCAUGAUGGCCAUCCAGCAAGUGUUAUUUGUGAUCAGGCUCCUUCUGAUUGUGAUCCAAAUGAAGGAAACAGGAAAACAGCUCCCCGCCAAACACCCGGGGGGACAUCAGAAUCCCUGGCACCCCAAGGGGUUGAUGUAUUUGGCAGUGACAUGGGGCAACAGCUGCAUCCUUACUUUAAAAAAUCAGUCCUCACUGUUCCUCAUGCAAAUGAUAGUCAGAGCUCCUCCUCCUCUGGGUCUGGCUACCAACAUACUAUGAAAAAACCUUCAAACUACAACGCAACUCCCAAAAAGAAAUGUAUGCAGAUAAAGGAUCUGAUAUUACUAGGAAGACUUAAUCCAGGAAAUAACAUUCUGGAAUUCAAAACACAGGAGGCUACCCACAAAGCCAGUGUUUUAUUGAGUGGCAAAAUUAAGGUAGAAAAUGGUCAGAUUUAUCAAAAUCCAGUCACCUGGCUCAAGGAUCUUCUAGGAGGUGACAGUUAUGUGACCUGGAAUUACGCUUGGAGUAAGAUAACAUACCAGGGGAAGGAACUUUUAAAGUAUGUUUCUGAGGAGUUACCCGUGCCUCCAGAUCCUCAACAACAUCAACCUUGCCUUCCAGAGCUCCCUGCUUUCAGAUCCAAGUCCAGAGGGGGAGAACCUGGAUGUGACUCUCUCCUAGAAGGAACUUGCAAAGAAUCAAUUCAAAGCGUCCCACAUUAUCUUCAAAUAAAAGAAAUACAGUUAAGCAGCGACCAAGAAUUUCUCCCGUGCCAUAUAAUGGAUGAGCAUUGGAAGUUCUAUGUGGAAUGUGAGGAGCUGACAUUCUAAAGCAUUGUUUUUAAAUAAUUUGUUUGACAUUUGUUCAUGUUAUUAGCCAAUGUUCAUAUUUUGUCUUGUUUGGUGAACCUGUUUAAUACACACUUUAUGAGUUGCUGCUUAAGAUGUAUAAGUAUAAUGUCUAUUAUAAGAAAAAAUAUAACUCUUCAACUGUUACAGUAAGAUUAAUACUUUUUGCAAUUAAAGACAUUUUUGACAUAA